AUGGGCUCCCUUCCAAAAGAAUCCAAGACAGCUGGGGCGGAUAUUUUCAUCGCUGGUAGUGGUCCGGUUGGAUGCACUUUUGCCCGUACAAUACUUGACCGAGCGGAAGCUGCCGGAAAACGUAUCCACAUAUACAUGGCCGAUGUUGGUUCAAUCGAUGGUCGCUUGAUUGGAGGGCACCUGAAAAACGACUUAAGAUACCAGAUCGACAGUGAUUUGUUCUCUCACGUCAUAGAUGCAGCACUCCAGAAGGUUUCUGUUGCUGGCAAGGAAAAUCGAUAUUCGCCAUACUACAAUCCGAAUCAAAAAGAAGCUUUGAACGUUCCCGAUUGCGCUAUGACUAGAACCAUAGGAGGGAUGGGCACUCAUUGGACCUGUGCUUGCCCCCGGCCAGAACCAGGAGAACGCACGGAGUCUCCCCUCUCAAAAGGAGAGUUCGAUAGCCUACUAAAAAAGGCAGAGGACCUUCUCCAAGUGAGGGAUGACCAAUACGACGACCAAAUCCGUCACAUCAAGGUCAAAAAGCACUUGGAAGAGUCAUAUGACUUUAAGGGCCGCAUUAGAGAUCUUCCUCUAGCAGUGAAGAGAGACGAAAAUCAUUGCGUUACAUUCGGAGGACCAAACACGAUUCUUGGGAAAUGGGCCGAACCUGCCAACUGUUGCACGGACCCCGAUUGCAAGAAAAAUUGUCUCUUUUCUCUACGUGCGGAGCACAAGGUCAUUAAGCUCAAGUGUCGCAGAAUGUCAAAUUUUUCGUAUGCCAAUGAAGCCGUGCUCUUAAACCUAAGGAACAAUGAGCUCGUGACCGUUGUUUUCAACGCAUGCGUGAUCGCGUUGGGUGCCAUUGGUACUCCUCAACUUCUCUUGAACAGUGAUGGUAUAGAGGCAGAUACCAUCCCUUCGCUGGGGCGGCAUUUGUCGGAACAGUCACUGUGGACUUGUCAGGUCUAUCUAAACGAUAAAUCCGGAGAAAUAGGGGAUGAAAAACCUUUCCCGUUGAGUCCCUCGGUGUAA